AUGGAGUCGAGCACGUCUGAUGUUUCUGAUGAAGAGUGGGCUAGGGAGCGGGAAGCCCGUAAGAAGAGGUAUGAAGUCUUUGAAGAUUCCGCUUUUCGUACGCUGGAGCUAGUCCGUGGCUCUCAAUAUUUCUCUGCAACAACCCCAACAGUUUGGAUACAAGGAGAUAACUGGCCAUCGUUUAGUGAAAUUGUCACAAGAUAUCCUCUGUGUGGUGCUUCUAAACUGCACGUGUUUGUGGAUUGUUUCGAAGGCAAAUCAUAUUUGACCUAUGGAUUGAUAUCUCCGCAAAACAGGAAACUUCAGGUGUUGGGUGUUCAGAAUGGAGAACAUCUUCGACUGACUGGAAAAUUGUGGGGAUGGAGCAGCCAACGGAAAAAAUUCUUUAAGAAAACAUUCGACUCUAAGACAAGUUUUGCUGCUUCUUCGCAAUUAACACAUUUCUACAACAGAGACAUCAGAAACGGAAGUGUCUUGAGUAUUUACCGUGACUUAAAGAGCAACCGCAUCCACUUUGAUAUCAAUGGAGAGGAAGGAUGGGUCAAUUUUAGCCAAAAUGAACCAGACUUCUGGUAUGGUUACAUUCGCUUGAGUUCCACCGGUAGCGGAAGUAAAAUUCAACUCACACUGGUUCCGGAGAAAGAUCAAGCGCUUUUUGGGGUUGUCCCGGACUCCCGCCAGGGAUCAGCGGAAAUAUCUUGGCUGAGCCACCACUACGUGAUGCACACAUCUCAUCCGCGUGGAAUUUGCCUUCUGAUAAACAACGUCCCAAAAUUAGUGGUGGUAGAAGAGAAGCUCAAGAACCUGUUCAAGUUCCUUUCCUUUGACGUGGUAAUUAAAAGACGUCUUCAAAGGGACGAGGUCUAUAAUUUAGCCAAGAAAUUUGCAAAGAAAAAUCAUACUCACUUUGACACAUUUGUUGUUAUUUUCCUGUCUGUUUCUGACCAGUGCAAUAAAAUAUCUUGUGCUGAUGGUAGAAACGCGAGCCUUGAGGAUUUUAUGGAGGAGUUCACAGCAUCAAGGUGUCCCUCCCUCCGGGGUAAACCCAAGUUAUUUUUUGUUCAGCGUUUUAGAGGGACAUCUUCUACGGUCAACGAUGAGUGCUCAAUCUUCGCAAGCGGAAGCUCUGCAGAAAAGGAUGCCGUGUGGUUGCCUUACAUUCCUACCGGUGAGGAAGACAGCUGCCCCGAAGAAGCCGACUUUCUGGUCGUGUCUGUGACUUCUACAUAUCCAGCUGAUCAACCCAACAGACAACCAGAGUCUUUGUUUAUCCAGAUCUUGGACCAGGUCAUAAGAUGUUCCUGUCAAAUGUAUCAUCUGCUUGACAUGUUGACGAUGGUAAACAAACAGAUGAUGGAUAAACGGAAUGACCUACCAAACAUUAGAAUUCCAUAUCGGACCCACACAAUGAGAGAAAGAGUGUGUUUAGGUUCAACACCGCCCUCAGCCCUCAUCACUUCCGCUGUGGCCCAGCAGGCUAGCUAUGAAAUGAACAAGAAUCCUCGAGGAUUGUGCGUCAUCGUGAAUAACGUCGACUUCCAGAACAAGGACCUGAAUCGACCAGGAGCCGACAAAGACGAACGUAGCCUCCAACUUCUAUUCAAGACGCUUCUCUUUGAAGUGAUUAUCCGGAGAGAUUUGACGAAACACGAGUUGGAGAAAGUGGCACAGGAUUUUGGAGAAGCAAAUCACGAAGCGUAUAACGCGUUUGUAUUCAUCGUCAUGUCGCAUGGAGGAGAUCGCGAUUGCAUCUUGGGAGUCGACGGGAGGGAGACAACCGUGAAGAAUUUGAUGUCCGAGUUCCGUGAGAACAAGUGUCCGUCACUUAAGCAUAAACCCAAAGUAUUCAUCAUCCAAACUUGCAGAGGAUAUCAAAGAGACGCUGAUAAUUCAAUGCCCUCAUCUGCUAAUGAUAUCAGUUUACAGGUGGUUACAACGUCGUCACGGGAACAGAAAAGCUCCCAGCCAUGUGGUACUGCAUUCUGUACUGACUCCACCCUCCCACGGAGCGUGUUUCCACCGGAAGCUGACUUUGUCUUGGCCUUCGCCACCGCGCCCGGUUACGUAUCAUAUCGAGAUCCGCUUCAUGGCGCCCGGUUCAUACGGGAUUUAGUCGAAGUGAUCAACAAACAUCAUCGUCGUCAUCACUUCCUUGAGAUCUUGACGGAAGUCACUAGACUGGUAGUGGAGCGUGUUAACUCUGUCCAGGUUCCCGCCCCUAUGGAUACCUUGACUAAAUUUCUGUACUUGUGA